UCACCAUUCACUGAGAGAAAGAUAACCUUUUGUUACGUGAUUCUGAAUUCCACAUAGGUAGAGAUAGAGAGAGAGAGAACAAAUAAAAGUUUAAAUUAAUUUUUUUCUCCAUGGCUGCUGAGAAGAAGAAGUACUUACGUGAGCUUCUUGAAGAUGACCAAGAACCUUUUCAUCUCAACCAUUACAUAGCCGACCUUCGAUCACAGAUGGGUUACUCCGAUUUGCGUGUCAAGAAACUAAAGCCCCAAAACGCAGCCGUUCUACCUCCUGGUUUAUUCACAUGCGGCGAGAGCUCUUGUUUCUUGGCAACUCAUCAUACUAAUAAAUCUCCUCUCUUUGAACUCCGGUCGCCGCCGAAGAAGGAGUCUAGUGACAGUGGAGUUUUCCUUCGUAUUCCUGCGAGAACCGCCGCAAUUCUACUAGAAGCGGCGACGAGGAUACAGAAGCAACAGUCAGAGAAGGCUAACAAGACUAACAACAGAGCUCGGAACAGAGGAAACGCGUUUGGGUUGUUCGGGUCCGUUUUGAAGCGGUUGACUAACCGUAAAGCAAAACCGCGUUCGGAUAACGCUGAUAAGUGCUUUUGUGAGAGCCCUUUUCAUUUCGUUCUCCAUGCAACUCUUUCUACUUCCAGUCAACAGACUCCACAGUUCACGUCGACAGCUACUUCUCCGGCACGACGUAGUACAGAGGAUGAAGAUAGCGAUGAGACAGAGAGCUUAGAGAAAGUGAGAGGACAAGACGAAGAAGAUAAAGAAGAGGAAGACAAGGAACAAUGUAGCCCUGUUUCUGUACUUGACCCUCUUGAGAAAGAAGAGGACCACCACCAACGAGAGGUGCCUGACCAUCUCAAUCUCCUCUCGUGCAGCUUUGAAGUUGUACAACGGACGAAAAGGCGGCUACUCAAGAAGCUUUGUAGAUUCGAGAAGUUGGCAGGGAUGGACCCAGUAGACCUCGAAGGGAAGAUGUCAGAAGAACAAGAAGAAGAGAAUGAGGAGAGCGUGGAAGACGAUAACAUGAGGGUUUAUGAUUUGGCUGAAGAAUAUGAGGACGUGGAUGAAGCCAUGGCACGAGAGAGCGGAUGGGCGGAAGAGGAGAGGAGGAAGAAGUGGAUGAUGAUGAAUGCAUGGAGGCUAGGAAUGGGUGCGGAGGAAGCCGCGGAGACGGUGGUGCAGAAAGAUAUAAGAGGGGAGGCCGGAGAAUGGACAAGACACGGUGGAGAAAUGGAGGAGGCUGUGUCGGAAAUCGAGCUCUCUAUCUUCAUCUUCUUGAUUGAUGAAUUUUCCCACGAACUUGUCUCCUCCUUCAUGAACAAAUAAUGAAUUUUAUUAGAGAAAGGAAAGUUACUAGAUUUCUAGAUAUCUUUGACUUGGUUAACCUAUAUUAACAUCCAUAACGCUAGAGUCCUAGAUUUUCUUCAUUUCUUGUUGCUUAGAACGCUUCCAAAAAGUGUCACAAUGUUAAUAUUCUUGGUCAACCAUAUGUAUAUUCUCUUGUACAAAUCUUUCAACGAAUGUUUUCUUGGGAAAACUUCAUUUUAUUUUUUAUUUGGUAGUCAAAACAUUUUUUUAUUUACAGA